AUGCUCCGUAAUGCGACUCACAGCUCGGCUCCUCGCGUUGCUUCUUCAGCACUAUCUCUCAAUACACUGUCAUCCUGGUUGGAAACCCACCACCUUCCGCAGUCCAGCACUUCUCAACCGUCACCAGCGGACCGCCGUUUUGCUUCCACCCGUCAUUCCUCACGCGUUGAAGGAGAGGCACCCCAGCUGCCCAGAUUCUUGCGCAGACAACAGCUCCAACCCAAGUCAAUUGCAAGUGGUGCCUCUUCGAAGUCUGCUGGCAAACAAAAAGCCUACGCAACAUCACCCUCGACUACCGCCUUUCGUUCGCGACAUUAUGACCCUUCGAAGGAAACAGCACUCAAGUCCGAAGUUCGCCUGCUCGAACCACAUGUACUAUCUGCUAGGGUCAAGAAGCUAUGCGACGCCGGAAAGCUUCCAGACGCAAUCUACAUGCUUAAGAAUGCGCCAUUGGACGCUCAGAACACCCAAGUGUGGAACACCUUGAUCUGGGGGUGUUUGAAGGAGAAACGCCAUUCAACGGCUUACCAGUUGUUCGUCGAUAUGAAGAGAAGAGGCUUCAGUCCCACAUUGAGAACUUUCCAAACUUUUUUCAAUGGGCUCUCGAGAAUCGAAAGCUGGUCCACACACACCAAACAACUUGUUCACGCUCGAUCGCUGUAUGAAGGGUUCCAGCGGCAUGUUGCUUCUAUCAAAAGGCACGACCCAAACAACCAAGAACUCAGUGCAGACCCACUUGCUGGUUACAUUCGACUUCUCGGGAAUGCAGGGCAGUACCAAGAGAUUUUCGACGUUUAUUACGCUCUCGACUUGGAAGGUCCCAUGGCGCCGACACAGUAUAUCUAUACUGCCAUGUUCCAGGCCAUUGCUGCAGCGAAGAAUGAUACACCCGAAGGAGCCGUAAAGGCUGCCGCUGACGCACGGCUUCUGUGGGCUCAAAUGGUCAAAGCAUCCAAGAAAAAUCCAGCCCUCGUCCCCGAUUCGCAUACCGUUGUCGCCGCGUUGAAUGCCCUUUCGGGCGGCAAUGAAAUGGAUUACCAUCUCGCCUUCAAAGUCGUGUCAGAAUAUUAUGGGCUAGACGCCAACAAGAUGACGUCUCAACCUGGCCUCCUCACCCUCCAGCCAGAAUCGCUGGCUGCUAUCCUGCGCCUGUGCAACCAGAGCAAGCAGUAUUCACUUGCAUCCCAGUUCUACCAGCAAGUUCGAAGAAGAUCGGAAAAUAUUGGCGGUGCGUCGAUAAUAGAUCGAGGACAUAUGGAGGAGGUGCUCAAGGCCGACAUUGCACUCCGAGAGCCGGGCAUAGGCUACCAUGCAGUGCAAAUGCUCGAAUGGAUGCUACGUCAGGAGAUCUCCGGCGCUAACGGCCCAAAAAUACGACCAGCGCUAUCUUCGUACAAUCUCGUUAUGCAGGCGUGCCGAUACGGUGGUGACUGGAAUUCAGCCAUGCGCACUUUCGACUUGAUGACCGGCUACCACUCCCAUGACUUCAUGGACGGUUCCGUGGCUGCAAAGCCCAGAUUGGACAAGCGAGGUCCAGGGAGAAGUUUCAACCCAACGGCCGAUGUCAUAUCCUGGAUGCUUGGAACUGCACAAGCAACAAAGAACCGUGCGCACAUGCGUCAGGCGUUGCGUAUCGUCGACCACCUCGGGUUCGACACCGUCAUGCACGCCAGAGGAGAGGUCAAGCAGGAAACAAACAAAGUGAUCAAGUCGAGGAGCUUUUGCGGGGCAAAAUUCGCGAGUGUGCUUACGGAGACAAUUGACCACGUCAUGGAAGAGAAUGGAAGGUAUGCUAAACCCGAAGAGGCGCAGAAAUGGUGGGCUCUCUACAAGCAAGCUCAGAACUGGUCCAAGAAUCAAGAAUCAAGCCCCUCGCCUCCGAAGCCGCGAAAGCGGAGGUCUCUCCAAAACCCCGCGUAG